AUGGCUUUAAAUAAAUAUAUGCACCAACGAAAUAUUUACAAACAGAAAAAGCCGAAUUUCAAAGAAUUGGCUGCAAAGUUCGAUUUCUUUGAUGCAGUGGCGAUAAAAGAUGAAUGUGGCCGGGUUGUUCUUGACUUUAGAAUACCAUCUCACUUGUCUGCUUUGUCCAAAGCGUUGUUGAUGAAUGACUUCGGUUUAAACGUAGACUUUCCAGGCGAUCGUUUGAUACCAACAGUUCCGCUGCGUUUGAACUAUAUCUUAUGGUUAGAGGACCUACUGAAGAAUCUUCAAAGAUUUUCCGAACCUGCAAGCAUCUUGGAUAUCGGCGUUGGUGCAUCUUGUAUUUAUCCUUUGUUAGGUUCGAAGAAAAAUUCAUGGAGAUUUUUCGGCACAGAAAGUGAUACCAGAAACUUUCGUUUGGCCAAAGAAAAUGUUGAGAAAAACGAUCUGAACAAAAGUAUCAAAUUAUUUCAUAUAACUGAGAAUACCUCAUCGUUGGAUGUUGUUUUUGGUGAUAAACAAAAUACGACUUAUUUGGAUGCUGUAAUGGCGAAUCCCCCAUUUUUCUGUGACACAUCAGAUGCUGUUGGAUCUACUACCUGUCGAUCUCUUAAAAGGCCACCACCUAAAACUAUAUCAUCUGCUGCUAGGCAUGAAAGUCAAACAGUCGGUGGUGAAGUGUACUUUUGUAUGCGUUUAAUCCGUGAUAGUAUUCGUUAUUCAACUCGAGUUGGUGUGUUCACAGUUAUGUUGGGUAAAAAAUCAAGUGUUUCUUCAGUUCGUCGAAUAUUACACAAAUUUAAGAUAACUCAAAUAUCUGUAUAUGAAAUGUGCCAAGGUCGUAUAAUGCGAUGGGGUGUUGCGUGGACAUUUCUUCCUAAUUUUCAAUUUCCUGAAUCUGAUUUCCGUCGACUUCGUAAAUUAGAACGUCCUCCAUUAACACUGCAACUGCCGGAUUCAGUAUCUUGUCUUCCUGAAAAUACAGUUGAUGCUCUUUUGGACUGGUUGAGAUAUGAAUUUAAACAAUUAGGUAUGAAAGUAUUAGAUCAAAAAAAUCGUGCUGAACUAGGUGGUCUGCAUUUAAAUAUUACAGCAACAGUAAAUACGUGGACCCAUACUAGGCGUAAACGACGAGAAGUUCAACGUCUUCUAAUGUCUCAACAAUCGGAUACGAUAAACAAUGGAAAUCCAACUAAUAAUGAUUCUGUAUCCAAUGAAAUAGAUCCCAUGGAAUGCGGUUCUAACACAAAUACGGUCAGUUUUAAAAAUCCUUCAAAGCGUGUACAUGAUAGUAACCCAGAUGAAAUGAAUAAUUCAUCGGAAUCAAUCGCACAAGCAACAGCAGAGACAAAACUAAAUAGUUCUGUGGUGGAAUUGGUAAAUCCACCAAAACGAACGCGAGCAACACUUCAUGAUGAAAUCUGUGAAGAAGGUGAAGACGCUUGGUUUGAUGGAGAUGAAUGUGAGAAUACUUCAGCUAACAAAAUUAAUACGUGUUCAAAUAAUGAAUCACCAUCUGCUAUCGACACUUGCUCACAUGUGAUUCAAGCCAAUGUAUUUGUUGAGUAUUUAAACACAGAUUCAUUUAUUAAAGACGUACAUGCAAAAUCAUCUUUAUUUCCACAUGGAAUCAACAACAGUGACGAAGUAAUGCAUAAUGAUAGCAUUGAAUGUGGUCAGACAAUUAUGAAAGUUAAAAGUGAUAUAGACGCUAGUGAUGAUGACGAUGUGAUUCUUGCUGAAGAGGAACAUGGACCAUUGGUGAUAAAGAUCGCUUGGAUAAGUGGGACAUGUCGAGAGGCAGCUAAUCAAAUUUUAUUUUACUUAAAAAAUCGUUUGAAGUGAUGCUCUACUCUAUAUUCCAUUUUUUUUCACCAUAUCUGGCUGGAAGAAAAUAAAGUAUUUUUGUAAAUAAGCAGUUGCAUUUAUUUUGUAUACAUGUUUCUAGCAAAGUAGUGUUAUCAUAUGCUAUUGUCAUUAUUUUUGUACAUUAAAUACACCAAGCUUCAUAAAAUAA